AGCUGACAGAGGGCGAUCUGCUACUAGCUCGAGCUAACAGCGAAUUUACCGUAAAUUUAUAGUCAAAAUAUCGCAUAUUCAGGACGAUGCUGCAUUAAAGGACGUUGACGUUGGCAAGAGAACAUGACGGGAAACACUCUGGUCCUACCCAUCGUGCUGUGGGGUCGAAAUGCCCCCACUCACUGUAUCUCCAGCCUGCUGGUGAUGGACGACCUGGCCACUAUCAUCAGCGGCUGUCACGAUGGCCAGAUCUGUAUCUGGGACUUAACCCCUGAACUCGAGAUCAACCCGAGGGCUCUUCUGUUCGGACACACCGCCUCUGUGACCUGUCUGGCCAAGGCCAGCGCCAGCGGCGACAAACAGUACAUGGUCAGCGCCUCGGAGAGUGGGGAUAUGUGUUUGUGGGAUGUGAACGAUGGGCGCUGCAUCGAGUUCACCAAGCUAGCCUGUGCCCACACGGGCAUCCAGUUCUACCAGUUCGCCAUCGGGACUCAGCGCGAGGGCCGCCUGCUGUGCCACGGCCACUACCCGGAGAUCCUUGUGAUGGACGCGACCAGUCUGGAGGUCCUCUACUCGCUAGUGUCCAAGAUAUCGCCCGACUGGAUCAGCUCUAUGAGCAUCAUCCGCUCUCAUCGCACCCAGGAGGAUACCGUGGUCGCCGUCUCUGUUACUGGAAUUCUCAAAGUGUGGAUCAUUACAGCGGAAGUGAGCAGAAUGCAGGACCUGGACCCCGUGUUCGAGGAGGAGUCCAAGCCCAUCUACUGCCAGAGCUGCCAGAGUAUCUCGUUCUGCACCUUCACUCAGCUCUCACUGCUCGUCGUGUGCUCCAAAUACUGGAGGGUGUUCGACGCGGGCGACUUCUCGCUCCUGUGCUCCGUACCCAGCGAGAACGAGCAGGCGUGGACGGGAGGGGAGUUCAUCGCCGCUGAUAAAGUUAUCGUCUGGACGGAGGACGGCUGCAGCUACAUCUACAAGCUUCCUCCCAGCUGUCUUCCGGCCAGUGAGCACUUCCGCGCUAACGUAGGCAAAACCAGCGAAGGUUCGAUCCCCCCUCUGGUGUACAGCAUGGCGGACCGCGCGGACAAACAGUUGCUGAUCUGUCCCCCGGUGACCCGGUUCUUUUACGGGCGCAGAGAACCCUUCCACAAGCUGCUGGUUCAGGGAGACUCCGCCGGCAGGUUGACCCUGUGGAGCGUUCCGGACGCGGCGCCGCUACAGCGCCGGUCUUCGGCUGCGGAGCUCCCAGUUUCCUCCACUAUCAGCCUGCAGGAGGCGUUUGACAAGCUGGCCCCCCGGCCAGCGGGCAUCAUCGACCAGCUGAGCGUUCUGCCGGGCUCCGAGGACCCUAUCAAGGUCACGGCCAGCGUGUACAUCCCCUCGCAGGGCCGGCUGGUGUGCGGCAGAGAGGAUGGCAGCAUCGUCCUGGUGCCCGCCACGCAGACCGCCAUCGUGCAGCUGCUGCAGGGAGAGCACAUGCUGCGGAGAGGCUGGCCUCCUCACCGCACUCUGAGGGGUCACAGGAAUAAGGUGACCUGCCUGCUGUACCCUCACCAGGUGUCCCCACGUUACGACCAGCGCUCCCUGGUGUCCGGCGGCGUGGAUUUCUCCGUCAUCGUGUGGGACAUUUUCACCGGAGAGAUGAAGCACAUCUUCUGCGUGCACGGUGGAGAGAUCACCCAGCUCCUGGUCCCUCCGGAGAACUGCAGCACGAGGGUGCAGCACUGCGUGUGCUCGGUAGCCAGCGACCACUCGGUGGGUUUGCUGAGUCUCCGAGAGAGGAAGUGCAUCAUGUUGGCGUCGCGCCACCUCUUCCCCAUCCAGGUCAUCAAAUGGCGCCCGUGCGACGAUUACCUGGUGGUGGGCUGCUCCGACGGCUCGGUGUACGUCUGGCAGAUGGACACAGGAGCGCUGGACCGCUGUGUGAUGGGCAUAACGGCGGUGGAGAUUCUGAACGCCUGCGACGAGGCCGUGCCCGCCGCGGUGGACGGACUGAACCACUCGGCCGUCAACCUGAAGCAGGCCAUGACCCGCCGCAGCCUGGCUGCCCUGAAGAACAUGGCUCAGCACAAACUGCACACGCUCGCCACCAACCUGCUGGCUGCAGACAACGCCGACAAGGGCAACCUGCCCAAAUACUCCCACAAUGCCCUGGUGGUGCAGCCGAUGAAGACCAACCUGACGGACCCCGACAUGCACGUCCUGUUCUUCGACGUGGAGGCCGUGAUCAUCCAGCUGCUGACGGAGGAGGCGCAGCGUCCCAAUCCCAUGCUCAUCUCUCCCGAAACGCUUCAGAAAGCCCCCGGAGGUGCCGACAAGGGCGGGUCCUUCCUGGCCAAUAAGAUCUUCAAACAGGUGAAGGAGACCAUCAAAGAGAACAUCAAGGAGCACCUGCUGGACGAAGACGAGGACGAGGAGGAGGAGGCGCGCCGGCGCGAGGAGAAAUCCAAAUCCCUCAGCCUGCUGGAGUACAACCUGACCAUGGACACGGCCAAGCUCUUCAUGUCCUGCCUGCACGCCUGGGGCCUGAACGGCACGCUGGACGAGGUGUGCGUGACCCGACUGGGCAUGCUCAGACCGCACACGCCCAUCUCCUUCGGCCUGAUCUCCCGCGGCGGCCACAUGUCCCUCAUGCUGCCCACCUUCAAGGAUUCCCUGCUGAGGCAGCUGGCCAGGGGCGUCGGCUCCGAGGCCAGGAAGCUCUCCGUCUCCGAGGUGGUGGGCAAGGGCACGUACGGGGUGUCGCGCGCGGUCACCACGCAGCACCUGCUCUCCGUCAUCUCGCUGGCGAACACGCUCAUGGGCAUGACCAACGCCACGUUCAUGGGCGAACACAUGAAGAAAGCGCCGGCCAGGCCUCCGAGGCCAGGCACCCCAGAGAGCAUCAGAAAGACGCCCCCCCAGGUCUCCAGCCCUGCAAUGCAGGCCCAGAUCAAACAAGCUGCUGCUGCCACCGCCGCCGCGGCUUCCUCCACCACUUUCGCACCGGGCACCGGGGCGCCUCACGUCACCUCCACCUUUCAUUCCUCUCCCUCCGUAAACGAAGGUUGGAGUCAGCUGGCCGCCAUGCACUGCGUGAUGCUUCCCGACCUGCUGGGGCUGGAGAAGUUCAGGCCGCCGCUGCUGGAGAUGCUGGCGCGGAGAUGGCAGGACCGCUGCCUGGAGGUCAGGGAGGCCGCUCAGGCCCUGCUGCUGGCCGAGCUGCGCAGGAUCGGUCAGUCCGGCCGGAAGGACACCAUCGACAUGUGGGCGCCGUACCUGCCUCAGUACGUGGACGUCGUCAGUUCUCCCGGAGCCGCUCCUGAGGCCGCCCAGCCGGCUCCGCCCCCGGCCGAGGCCCCGCCCGUCGAACCCAAGGCAGCCGAGGAGGAGCUGGACGUCGUCGAUGAUGACAUAAGCGCAGGCUGCCUCUCGAACCUCCCCCCGAGCGCCAAGAAGAUCUCCAACUCGUACGAGGAGCGGCGUAAGCAGGCCACGGCCAUCGUCCUGCUGGGCGUGAUCGGAGCCGAGUUCGGGGCCGAGAUCGAGCCGCCCAGACUGCCGUCCCGUCCCAGGACCAGCGGGCAGGCGCCCGACGGCUUCGGCCUCACCACCGGCGGCUCCAACUACUCGCUGGCUCGCCACACCUGUAAGGCGCUGACGUUCCUCCUCCUUCAGUCCCCGAGCCCCAAACUUCCCGCCCACAGCACCAUCCGCCGCACGGCCAUCGAUCUGAUUGGUCGAGGCUUCACCGUGUGGGAGCCGUACAUGGACGUGUCGGCCGUGCUCAUGGGUCUGCUGGAGCUGUGCGCCGACGCCGAGAAACAGCUCGCCAACAUCACAAUGGGGCUUCCUCUGAACCCAGCGGCCGACUCCGCCCGCUCUGCCCGCCACGCUCUCUCGCUGAUCGCCACGGCCCGACCGCCAGCCUUCAUCACCACCAUCGCCAAAGAGGUGCACAGACACACGGCGAUGCAGUCUCAGGGCUCUCAGUCUCAGCAGAACAUCCACACCACCACUCUGGCUCGAGCCAAGACCGAGAUCCUGCGCGUCAUCGAGAUCCUCAUCGAGAAGAUGCCCUCGGACGUGGUGGACCUGCUGGUGGAGGUGAUGGACAUCAUCAUGUACUGCAUCGAGGGCUCACUGGUGAAGAAGAAGGGUCUGUCCGAGUGCUUCCCUGCAAUCUGCAAGUUCUACAUGGUGGCGUAUUGUGAGCGGAGUUACCGUGUGGCGGUCGGUGCUCGUCAGGGCUCCGUGGCUCUGUAUGAUGUCCGCACGGGCAAAUGCCAACAUAUUCACGGACAUAAAGGCCCCAUAACAGCCGUGUCCUUCGCUCCGGACGGUCGCUACCUGGCCACCUACUCCAACGCUGACAGCCACAUCUGCUUCUGGCAGAUGAACACGUCCCUGUUGGGUAGUAUAGGCAUGCUCAACUCGGCUCCUCAGCUGCGCUGCAUCAAGACCUACCAGGUUCCCCCGGUGCAGCCGGCGUCCCCCGGCUCCCAGAACUCCCUCAAACUGGCACGCCUCAUCUGGACCUCCAACCGCAACGUCAUCCUCAUGGCUCACGACGGCAAAGAACACCGCUUCAUGGUGUGACCGGGCUCGCGGGCUCACAGGGUCGAACCCACACGCUUCUGUUUACAACGUUUUCUUUUCCAUUCCACGUUUUAUUUAAAUGCUUUUUAAUCGUGAUCUCGGUUCUGAUACUUGAAGGAAAGGCUUGGUCUCGUCCUAUCGGAGAACACAGAGUCCGGGACGUUAGAAUUUGAUUUGCACAUAAAAAAAAUAACCUGAAUGUGUUUUUGGGACAUGACUAGUUCCCACUGUGCGCCUCUUUCUGCUUUCAGUAACCCUGUGAUCUGCAUGCCACUGUGCUGCCACUUUCACUUCUGAUGUUACAGAUCACACUCGAGACCAGACCACCUUCUGAUUUCUGUUCCAACCCUCUUAUUUUGAGCUCAUCUCUACUCACCACAGCUGUAGAAAAUAUUGAUGAUUACAUGGAUCAUAAUUGGCAAACUGGCCACCUUUAAGUUUGAUGAUCUGUGUUUGCCAGCUUUACAAACAAGUACCAUAAACACAGUGUAAAAAAUACAGCUAAUAUUAUAAUAGAACUAAAAUCAGCUUGUUUGACGGCGGUUUGGAAAUGAGACACGAGAUUUUAUUGACGUUGCUCUUCCUUAUACGAGGGAUCUUCAAAAAGUUUCUGCACUUUAAUAUCUGGGUGGGAAUCGGUCGUGUCUGAGAGACGCUUAUAGUCCGGAUUUAGCUCCCUCUGAUUUUUCACCUGGACAGCACUGUCGCCUCACGGCAAAAAGGUCCUCAGACGGGGUGAUCCGGGUCCUUUCUGUGUGGAGUUUGCAUGUUCUCCCCGUGUCUGCGUGGGUUUCCUCCCACAGUCCAAAAACAUGCAGUCAGGUUAAUUGGAGACACUGAGUUGCCCUAUAGGUGAAUGUGUAUGCUGGACUGGCGCCCCGUUCAGGGUGUUACUGUGUGCCUUGCGCCCAUUGAAAAGCUGGGAUUGGUACGACGCUGGAAAAAUGCAUCAGAAGGUGAUGAUGUAGAAAAGUGAUGGAGUUUGUUUUUUAUAUUCUUAAUAAAUAGAGUCUUAAAAGUGCAGAAACUUUAUGAAGAUCCCUUGUAGUAAUACAGUAGAUUAAAACGAGGUUGCAGGGUGAUCCUGUUAACAUGGCCCAGAGGUUAAAAAGAGGGUACGAACCCCUAAAUUACACAUUGUGCAUCGAUGCUCAAAAAAUUCUGCACCCGUCCAUAGACUAUAAUUAUAAGCAAGAUUAAAAACAAGCAUCUGAUCUCUUACGUCUCUGUAAAGUGGAAUGUUAAAAAAACAUAUUAUUAUUUAUAGUAAUUGCACAUAUUAAGUUAAAAACACAUGAAUCAUUCCAUUGUUGUUCUGCAGAAGUGGUUCCGAGUCCCGGUCUGAGUCCCGGUCUGACUGAUCACUUUUGUUUUGUAGUGGAUGAAAUGAAUUCCGUCUCAUAUCACGUCAUAUCUGUGUGAAAUAUCACCAGGAUCAGCCUGGAUUUAGCUCGUCGUGUUGUAAAGUGUUUAUUUUAUUUCCGUGUCUUGUGUAAUUGUGAGUCGCUCGACGUCGUGGUGAGAUAUUCGCUUGCUGUGGAAGGCGCUGAGAUGCUGCGUUGCUGUUUAUUGAACUCUAUUUCGCUGUAGAAUUUAGAGCGUCUGUGGCUUACGCUGAUGAGGCGGACGAGGCUGACGAACCCGCCGUGCGCUGUAGAUAAACGUUCAGAAAGUUCAAGAUUAUUUUAGAUGUGCUGAACACACCUUUACCUGCGACUGUGUGUGUGUGUGUGUGUGUGUGUGAAUGAAUGAAUGAAUGAAUGAAUGAAUGAUGAAGGUACCAUGUCAGUCCAGUCUCUCUUCAUUAGACCAACAGAUGGAUUCUUAUAUUCCUGCAAUGGAAAUAAAAUGUCAAAAAUGCCUCUUAAUGCUACUGACUUCUUUCCACUUUUAACUUUUUAUUUAUGGUUGACGGGUUUGAAACGCUCACCUCUUAGGUCAUCGACGAUUAUAGAGUACAGUGAGAUCUCAAUCUGUCAGAAAACGUUCAUGAAUUUGAGUUUUAGAGGAGGAUAAAGAAUGUGGUUCAGGUUUGGUAAUAAAGAGGUAAAAACAAUCAAAUAAGUACAGUUAUAUUCUCAAAAGGCCUGUUAAAUAAACAAAUGAAGAAAGAAUGAUUGGAUGAAUAAAAGAAAGAAAACGAAAGAAAGAAAAAGAAGGAAAGAAAGAAAGAAGGGCGGAAAAGAAAGGACGGAUCCUGCACUUUAGGUACCAACAGCUGUAUCUAUGAUUUCAAAUAUUAAUUUUUAUUAGAUAAAAAUGAUUUUUGCAUGUAAAAAUGAGGUUUUUUUGUUCAGGUUUCAGUCAGGAUUAAUACAGCUUACAAAAUACAAAUAAAACACAGAAGCAAAGUCUGGAAAUACUGUAUUUAUAAAGUGUAAAACUGUGGACACUAAAAUAUAUGAACAAAAUGUGGCUCAGUUCUACAUACAAAAAAUAUAAAUGUAAAUCAAGGUAAAAUACUGGUAUUAAAAAAGUUACAAUAUUUUACAUAUUUACACUCAAAGUAUUCUUUUUUUUAUUUUACCCAUGUUUCAAUAUGAUAAAGCCAAUGUUAAACUAAACAAUAGAUUAUUUAACAAGAUAAAGAAUGAACAAAGAAACAAAAACACAUUUUAACAUUCAAUCAGCUACCUGUCAGCAUGAAACCUACAGAAAAUGCUAUUUUGAUGGUUGGUACUGGUAUUAUUGGUUUAUUUACCCAGCCGUUCUGAUAAAAGACAAAUAUUUAACAGGAGGAAAAAACAGAUCUUAGAGAAUUAAACCAUGGCGCUUUUCUCUGAAUGUGCUUCACUAUAUUGGUUUAUUUCACAUCCUGUAUCUGUUGGUGUACAGUAUAAGAGUAUAAGCAUGAUGCAGAAUCUGGUGUUCUUCACAUCACUUACAUCACAUGUGUACGAUGAUCUGACCGCUGUGUGUGUGUGUGUGUGUGUGUGUGUGAGUGUGAGUGAUGAUUAUAUUGAAGCUGUACUGUAAAGCUCUGUUUGAUGAUGGUACUGUUCUGUACAACAUUCUGUCUGUGUGUUCUGUAAAAUAAAAAAUAUCUGAUAUGACGUUCAA